CAUCGGCGGCAACGGCAUCCGCCCUUCCCGGCCAGCCCGCGGCGCGCACCGCUCCCCGCGGCUCCCUCCCGCAGCCCGGCAGCGGCGAUCGGCAGAGCCCUCCGCACCACGGCACCCCCGCCCCGCACGCCCACCGCCGGGAGGAUGGGCUGCGGGCGGCGGCACGGCAGCCCCCGUGCUCCCUGAAGCCGCGGAAACAAAGAGCGAAGCGGCGGCACCGAGCAUCUGGGCCGGGGUGGAUGCAAGCAACCAUGAAAGGCUGGGUCUCCGCCUCCUCUUCUGCUGCUGCCAGAGAGCUGCCGGCUGCUGCUGCUGCUCGGAGGACUACACUGUGAAGGGGGCGGAGGAGAGGCCGGCCGGGUUUGCCGUGCGAAGGUAGAAGGUGUAAGGGAGAGGCGGAAAGAAAAUGUCUUCUUCGGUGGGGCCCCGCGGCCCUCGCCCGCCCACGGUGCCCCCCCCAAUGCAGGAGCUGCCCGACCUGAGCCACCUGACAGAGGAGGAGAGGAACAUUAUCAUGGCAGUGAUGGACCGGCAGAAAGAAGAGGAGGAGAAAGAAGAGGCCAUGCUCAAGAGGUUGCAUCAACAGUUCGAGAGCUAUAAAGAGCAAGUAAGAAAGAUAGGCGAAGAAGCUCGGCGGUACCAGGGAGAGCACAAGGACGAUGCUCCGACGUGUGGGAUCUGCCACAAAACAAAGUUUGCAGAUGGCUGUGGCCAUUUGUGCUCUUACUGCCGGACCAAGUUCUGUGCUCGGUGCGGGGGUCGUGUCUCCCUGCGAUCCAACAAUGUGAUGUGGGUAUGCAACUUGUGCCGCAAGCAGCAAGAGAUCCUCACCAAGUCCGGGGCCUGGUUCUUCGGGAGCGGACCGCAGCCCUCGCCCAGCCAGGACGGGACGCUGAGCGACACGGCCACGGGCGGCAGCUCGGAGGCACCCCGCGAGAAGAGAGCGAGGCUGCAGGAGCGCUCCAGGUCACAGACGCCCCUGAGCACGGCGGCUGCCCCGGCACAGGAAACCUCUCCCAGCACCCAGCCCGACCGGAGGAAAGGAGCAGAAGCGGCGCAGCCAGCGAUGGGCCCGGACCAAAAGCAAGUUUCCUCCAGGUCUAGAAGUGAACCUCCAAGAGAGAGGAAGAAGACAAUGCAGGUUUCAGACCAGAGUGGCAAAGGUUUAAAGAGCGAGCGCAAGCGCGUGCCAAAGUCCUCCCUUCCCAAGGAAGGAGCAGCAGAUGAGAGAGAGCGCAAAGAGCGGCAGGAAGGUAGAAGGCUGGAGAAAGGCAAGUCACAGGACUACCCAGACUUGCCAGAGAAACUUGAGGAAGGCAAGGUGCCUGAUGCUGACAGACAGAGGAAGGAAGAUGAAUUGCAUACCCGUUACAGGAGUGACCCCAAUCUGGCGCGAUGCCCUGUAAAAGCUCCCCCCGAGGAACAGCAGAUGCGCAUGCAUGCCAAGGUCUCUAAAGCGCGGCACGAGCGAAGACACAGUGACGUAGCUUUGCCUCACACAGAGGUGGAGGAGGCCGAGGUACCAGAGAGUCACGUAGGGAAGCGCUCCCAGGUGCAGGCAGCUCAGGACAGAAAAGCUCUUGCGGAAGCGCAGAGGUUGUGCUCUGUAGACAGAACAGGGGAUGUAAGAGUUGCUGUGUCUAAACCGUUCACUGCCCGUAGCCCAGCAGCUGGCAGGCGUAGCCCGGCUCCUGUAGAGCACCAGGAGUCCCUUAGGAGGCAGAGCCGCCUCGAUCCUAGCUCUGCUCUUCUCAUGCGAAAAGCAAAGCGGGAGAAAACGGAGACCAUGCUAAGGAAUGAUUCCCUUAGCUCCGACCAGUCGGAAUCUGUGCGGCCGGCCCCUCCCAAGCCUCACAGAGCAAAGAGAGGCGGCAAGAAAAGGCAGAUGUCAGUUAGUAGCUCAGAGGAAGAAGGGGCCUCAACACCAGAAUAUACUAGCUGUGAAGAUGUGGAGAUAGAAAGUGAAAGUGUCAGUGAAAAAGGUGACUUGGAUUAUUACUGGCUGGAUCCUGCCACGUGGCACAGCAGGGAGACAUCCCCCAUUAGUUCGCACCCUGUGACGUGGCAGCCUUCUAAAGAGGGAGACUGCUUGAUCGGGCGUGUGGUCCUGAACAAGAGAACAACCAUGCCCAAGGAGUCAGGUGCCCUGCUGGGGCUGAAGGUUGUUGGUGGCAAAAUGACAGAGCUGGGACGCCUCGGUGCCUUCAUUACCAAAGUGAAGAAAGGAAGCUUGGCUGAUGUGGUGGGACACCUCAGAGCAGGGGAUGAGGUCCUGGAGUGGAAUGGGAAACCCUUGCCUGGAGCUACAAACGAAGAAGUUUACAACAUUAUUUUAGAAUCCAAAUCAGAACCUCAAGUUGAAAUUAUUGUUUCAAGGCCUAUUGGACAUUUCCAUCACUUUCAUUCCGUGGCCUCCUUGAGACGUUUAUAUAAAGCUUACUAUGAUAUUCCAAGGAUUCCUGAGACUUCUCACCCCCCGUUAGAGUCCAGUUCAAGUUCUUUUGAAUCUCAGAAGAUGGAGAGGCCUUCCAUUUCUGUUAUCUCUCCGACCAGCCCUGGAGCUCUGCGGGACGCGCCACAAGUCCUUCCAGGGCAGCUUUCUGUUAAACUGUGGUACGACAAAGUGGGACAUCAGUUGAUAGUCAACGUUCUGCAGGCAACAGAUUUGCCACCACGAGUGGACGGCCGCCCCAGGAACCCCUAUGUGAAGAUGUAUUUCCUCCCGGACAGAAGUGACAAGAGUAAAAGGAGGACCAAAACAGUAAAGAAAAGUCUAGAGCCAAAGUGGAACCAAACUUUUCUCUACUCCCAUGUCCACCGCAGAGACUUUCGAGAGCGAAUGCUCGAAAUCACCGUCUGGGAUCAGCCAAGAGUACAGGAAGAAGAGAGUGAAUUUCUUGGAGAGAUUCUUAUAGAGCUGGAGACAGCACUCUUAGAUGAUGAACCACAUUGGUAUAAGCUACAGACACAUGAUGAAUCUUCACUACCUCUGCCUCAGCCAUCCCCUUUCAUGCCAAGAAGACAUGUUCAUGGUGGAGAAAGCACUAGCAAAAAACUACAAAGAUCUCGGCCAAUCAGUGAUAGUGACAUCUCAGAUUAUGAUGUUGAUGAUGGUAUUGGAGUUGUUCCUCCAGUAGGUUAUAGGCCUGGCAGUAGAGACAGCCAGUCCAGCACGCUGGCGGUGCCCGAGCAGCAGCGGCCGGCACACCACCGCUCCCGCUCCGUCUCUCCUCACCGCGGCGACGAUCAGGGCAGGCCCCGCUCACGCUUACCAAAUGUGCCCUUACAGAGGAGCUUAGAUGAAAUUCAUCAGAUGAGAAGAUCACGUUCUCCAACUAGACACCAUGAUGCCUCCAGAACUCCAGCUGAGUACAGAUCCAGAGUCGUGGAUAGUCAAUAUUUGUCUGAUCAAGAAAGUGAGCUUCUUAUGCUGCCCAGAGCAAAGCGAGGAAGAAGUGCAGAGUGCCUCCAUACCAUCAGAAGUUCUGUUAGGCACUAUAAAACAUUACCUCCCAAGAUGCCUUUACUAGAAAAUGGCACUCACUGGAACCUGUACAGCUCAACUCUUCCUGCAUGUGCUAAGAGCCAGCUCGUGGUUAGACAGGAUAUUUCACUCCUUCCUGGUUGCCUUAAUUCACCACUACCGAAACUGGGAGCUGAGCUGCUGGUUAGUGAACUGCAGCCCUCCCUUGACAGGGCUAGGAGUGCUAGUACCAACUGCUUGAGACCAGAUACUAGUUUGCAUUCACCAGAACGAGAAAGGGGUAGAUGGUCCCCCUCCCUAGAGAGGAGACGACCUACUAGUCCCAGGAUUCAUAUCCAGCAUGCAUCUCCGGAGGAUGACAGGUACUGGACGCUGGACUCUUGCAUUCCAAAGCAGGACAGUGUAGACCACCUAAGUGCUAGACCUGGAGCAGCACAGAGGCAGCCCAGGAAAGUGGAAAGAUACAGCAGCCAAAAGCAAACUAGGAAAGGCUCCGCAGCUGAAACAGAAAGAAUACAUCACCAAGGAAGUCCCUCGCAGUCUCCUCCUGCAGACACAGCCUUCAGCAGUCGCAGGGGAAGGCAGCUCCCGCAGGUUCCAGUAAGGAGUGGCAGUAUAGAGCAAGAGCCAGAGACUUUUAACUCUUCCACAAAAGCAAGCUUAGUAGUGGAGGAGCGAACGAGACAGAUGAAAAUGAAAAUGCACCGUUAUAAUCAGACAUCAGGGUCUGGUUCUAGCCAAGAACAUGAGCGUGAGCAAUAUUCCAAGUAUAAGAUACAAACAGAGCAGUACAGAAGUUGUGAUAACGUCUCUGCCAAAUCAUCAGAUAGUGAUGUCAGUGACGUGUCAGCCAUUUCCAGAACCAGCAGUGCCUCACGCCUCAGCAGCACAAGUUUUAUGUCAGAGCAAUCUGAACGCCCCCGGGGCAGAAUCAGUACAUUUACUCCUAAAAUGCAAGGCAGACGGCUGGGGACUUCAGGGAGACUGACAAAGAGCACAAGUGUGAGCGGAGAGAUGUAUAAGCUGGAGCAGACUGACGGGAGCCAGUCGGACACGGCUGUCGGCAUGCUGGGAACAGGUGGGAAGAAAAGGCGCUCCAGCCUGAGUGCCAAGGUGGUGGCCAUAGUGUCUCGAAGGAGCAGAAGCACAUCUCAGCUUAGCCAAACAGAGGCUGGCAGCAAGAAGCUGAAGAGCACGAUCCAGAGGAGCACAGAGACAGGCAUGGCAGCAGAGAUGAGGAGUCGCAUGGUGCGGCAGCCGAGUCGCGAGUCCACCGACGGCAGCAUCAACAGCUACAGCUCCGAGGGCAACUUAAUAUUCCCUGGCGUACGGCUGGGCGCCGACAGUCAGUUCAGCGACUUCCUGGACGGCCUGGGCCCCGCGCAGCUGGUGGGGCGGCAAACGCUGGCAACCCCGGCCAUGGGUGACAUCCAGAUUGGGAUGGUAGAUAAAAAGGGCCAGUUAGAAGUAGAAGUCAUUAGAGCCCGCGGCCUCACACAAAAACCUGGCUCCAAAUCUACCCCAGCUCCCUAUGUCAAAGUGUACUUGCUGGAGAACGGAGCGUGCAUAGCGAAGAAGAAGACCAGGAUUGCACGGAAGACCCUUGAUCCCUUGUACCAACAGACCCUGGUUUUUGAUGAGAGUCCACAGGGGAAAGUCCUUCAGGUAAUAGUGUGGGGAGACUACGGCCGAAUGGACCACAAAUGCUUCAUGGGGGUUGCCCAGAUCCUUCUGGAGGAGCUGGAUCUGUCCAGUGUGGUAAUAGGCUGGUAUAAGCUGUUCCCUCCCUCAUCACUAGUGGAUCCCACCCUGACCCCCCUGACUCGCAGGGCUUCCCAGUCGUCUCUGGAGAGUUCCACUGGGCCUCCCUGCAUUAGGUCGUAGUGGCAGAUGCUGCCUGACGAACACCACCGGGACACCGCUCGGAGCCAGACAGGUACAUGAUGACAAAGCCACCACUCUUGGAGAGAGACAAUCACCUCUGGUUUUGCUUGUAGUAGUUACCCAAACCCACGUCUGUCUGCCGAGAGACGGCUUCAAUGGGCAGAGCAAAGGUUUGUCACACACAGCCAGUCCCUUAGCAGCUCUCACCGAUGCUUAUCAUCAUCCAAACAUCAAAGAGAGGGAGAGAGAGAGACCUUUAGAUUCCACCUAAGUCAGAGAUGACCCAAACUGGAAGCUCUCCCUCUGUUAGCAGUGUUGUAUUCCUCACACUCUGACGUGCCCUCCAGCAGUGUUACCUUCCUGGUCUUCUCAGCAGGGCUUUUUCCUCCACUUGUCACUUCCACUGGUUUGCUUUGGUUUGGGUUUGGGUUUUGUUGUUGCCAUGCGAUCCUGCUGGCUUCGUAGAAGUCCUCACAGUGCUAACAGAGACCCUUCCUUUCUUCCGAACCAAACUCCAAAGGGCUGAAGCAAAUCUCUGUCAGCAGCGUUCAAAGUGUUCGACAGCCACAGUUACGGCCCCGAGCCAGCUCAAAUCCUUCCUCGCUUCUGGGGCUUCCAAGGCUCUCGCGCAGGAACCCAGAACAAAGAACCAAGCUGAGGCAUACCCUUGAGAAACAAAAUACAUAACCAUCACAGUGCCACCUUUGGGUUUUCCUCCUGUGUACACAAAACAAAGCAGCUCUGUUUGCAUUCUCUAGAAGAACUUUUACGUUGAUGCUGUUUUGCAUGGAAGAAUUCUGCAACUCCUGCUGGGGGCUGGUUCUAAAGCAGCUUUAGUCCUCAUUUCUUGACACUGCGUUAGUGGUAAUGCAAAUGUUUCCCUCCUAGCAAGUGGAGAGGAGAUCUCUACAUUCCUGUGUACAGAUGUGUAUUGGCCCUCCCACGAGGCUGACCAGGAAUGGGUUGAGCAUAGGACACUUUCAGCCGUGCCC